GAGUUUCAGUUUUGUUUCUCUGCUUGUGAUUCUGGAAACUAAGUCAGCCAACGAAGUUUCUGUCUUCUGUCUGCUCCACAGCUCAGAAAAAGAAGUCUACUUCUCUUGCCCUCUGUUUCAGUCUGCUCCAGGCUCAGCUGUGGUUGCAGGAAUAUGGAAGUGACAACCAGAUUGGCAUGGAUACAGGAAAGGGUUCUGGGAAAACUACUUGGGAAUACAACGUUGACUCUUCUUUAUAAGUCUGGAGUUCAUGGAUCAUGCACUUUUGAUAUGGCCAAGAAAUGCUGUCAUCAGGGUUCCACAAUGACAGUAGUUCAUUUGGAGCAAGACAUUGUGGGUAUUUUUAUGCUGGAACACUUUCCCAUUUUACAUUCUGGAAAGCCAAGUACUUGUGUUCUGUUUGCAUUUAAAGAGAAUAACAGCACUGGAAUAUCAGCUCUAUUUUCGAAUGCACAGGUAGAAAUCAAUGUUUCACAGCUCAAGUUUUUCUCACCUGAUGGUUUGUCGAUCACUGUUCAUCCAAACAAACAGAAAGUUCAUCUAAACAUGGAAGUCUUAAAAAAACUAGAACUUAAUCUUAAGUCUUACUCUGAAUAUUUGGAAUGCGAAAUUUUUCGAGUUGAUGGUGUUAAGAAUGAUCCAAGCAUCAUAAAGAAGAUGGUGGACGUCAAACAGCACCGAAGAAGGUUCCUAUCUGCUCUCCGAGCCUACAGGCCCAGUGGAAACUUGGUUUCUGAAGUCCGUAUUCUGCUGGUGGGCCCCGUGGGUUCUGGGAAGUCCAGCUUUUUCAACUCAGUGAAGUCUGCUUUCCAAGGCCACUUCACUCGCCAGGCAGUCGUGGGAACUGAUGAAACCAGCAUUACCAAACAGUACAGAAUAUAUUCUGUUAAAGAUGGAGAAGGUGGGAAGACACUUCCGUUUAUGUUGUGUGACUCAAUGGGUCUGGAUGAGAGGGAAGAAGCAGGAUUAUGCAUGGAUGACAUACCUCAUAUCUUAAAAGGCCAUGUCCCAGACAGGUAUCAGUUCGACCCAUGUAAGCCAAUUGUGCCUAGGCACGUCAUGUCUCCACCAAUGAAGGACAGGAUCCACUGCGUGGCUUACGUCUUAAACAUCAAAUCUGUUAACUCACUUUCCGAUAAAAUGGUGGCAAAACUCAAAAGAAUUCGCAGAGACGUAGUAGACUGUGGUGUGGGACAAGUAGCCUUGCUUACUAACGUGGAUAACUGUGAUGAAGUUCUUGAUGACGGUUUUGUAAACAUGUCAGAAAGCGUGACUUCUCAAAGCCAGAUAAAGAAAGUCCAAAACAUGCUCAAUAUUCCUAUAGCUAAUAUCCUGAUGGUCAGUAAUUACUCUCAAGAGCGAUCGAUGGACCCCAUAAAGGAUGCUCUGAUCUUCGCUGCACUUGGGCAGAUGUUGCGGGCUGCAGAUGACUCCUUAGAGGACCUUCCUUUUGAGAACUAACUGGAUCAGCUAAUGGCUCCUUCAACAGCUAGUCAUGCCUCAAGAAAUGAUGACGAAUUCUGAAAAGCAGCGAAGAAGGAGAUGCUCCCAACACAGACAUGCUUCCGGAUACCUGCGCUCGCUACAGUUUAUCAUCCGGAUGCCUGCGCUCGCUACAGUUUAUCAUCUGCAUGCCUGCACUCGCUACAGUUUGUCAUCUUGAUGCCGUUGUCUUUACUUCUCUAGCACAUUCUGCAGUUCUACGUGUCCUAGUCAAUCACACAAUGAUCACAAAAUUACAUAAUAUCUGCUGUUCUAGAGAGAGUGUAAGUUCUUUGAGAAAGUAGGCUUUGGAUUUGCCUUUGUAGUCACAGAGCUCAACACAAGGUCUGGUAGACGGCAGGAAAACUCACAAUGACUCUUCAGUACCAUUUUCUCUGGACUGAUGACCAUUACUUAGACAUUUACUCGCUAUGGAUGAAAAGACAUGAAGAGUAAGAUGCUGGAAAGAGGAUGCGAAAAUAAGGACAGAGGGGGGUCUUGCUUAUCUCUGUUUCAAAACACGAAUGCCUCUAAACAAGUGUAAAUUGAUUAAAAAGAGCCUAUGUUUGCUGACAGCUUUGAUAAUUACACCAAUGUUUUAAUUUCAUGAAAUGAAGUUUCUUCCAGUAAUAUUCCUAUGCUUGAUUUUAAUUGACUGAAUUCCAAAGCAUCAUGGCUGUGUCUCCAAAGGGGAACUAUUGAGAGAUGAGAUCAUGCUAGUCAGCUUGGAAUGUUGUCAUGUAAAUCCUUCGAAUGGUUACGAAGUCCUCCAGGCAGCUGUCAAAAUUAGGACUAUUGUUCAAGGAAAAUAAAAAUUAUAAUUUUCCUUUCAA